UUUUUUUUUUUUUUUUUUUUUUUGGUCUUUAUUUGUUGUUGUUGUUUUGGGGUUUUUUAAAAUUAAUUUUUUGUUUUUAUGUUUUUUGUUGUUGGGGGGGGGGGUACGCGUAAAUUACCGUUGCUUUCACAAUAUUCAGUCCAGGGGUCCGUGUUUGCCCAACUAUCUAUUUUGUAUUGCUUGUAGGAGUUAUGAGAUUGACCACUGUUCGUCAUCUUCACCUUGCAUGUAUCAACAGGCUAACAAACAAAAGCGGGAAAAUACACGGAGAACAUUAAAUCUGCUACACCAUAAUCCAAGAUCCACGACUUCCCAGAUAUCUCUUGAUACAGUGAUGACGACUUCCCUGAUAUCUGUGGGUACAGUGAUGACGACUUCCCUGAUAUAUGUGGGUACAGUGAUGACGACUUCCCUGAUAUCUGUCGGUACAGUAAUGACGACUUCCCUGAUAUCUGUCGGUACAGUAAAGUCGGUUCCAUAAAGAUGGCUUCAUUUUUCUUUACUUUUUUAUAUUCAGCUUACAUAUUACAUGUUCAUUCACUAUACACGUACAUAUUUAAAUUCAGAACAAAAACGGGGAUUUCGGAGCAAUCGUAUAGAAGAUCUAUUUUUCAAACUUUCAAAAGCAUUCAGAAAUACUGAAAAUGCACCAGCUUCCAUGGGCUACCUCUCAAGGCAGCCUCAAUCCUCAUACUCAUUGUUUGUCCCUGAAUUACGACACUAGCUGGUAAUACCUGGUAUUCUCAUUGUUUGUCCCUGAGUUACGUCACUAGCGGGUAAUACCUGAUAUUCUCAUUGAUUGUCCCUGAGUUACGUCACUAGCGGGUAAUACCUGGUAUUCUCAUUGUCUAUUUCCGUCCACGUUUCCAUACAUUGUUAGGUCUUCUCGAUCGACUGUGUAUUCCAGUAAUUCAAUCCCACAUGUUUCACUUCCUCAGAUCACAACAAUAAAUGAUCUUCAACAAGUUUUCUUAUCAUGAUUGAUUGAAGAAUUGAACAGCGUGAGCACUUCCCGGAAUUUAAAGGCAUUUAACAGUUUAACUCGCACUAGCAUGCAAAAUGUACAAAGACAUUUUAAACAAUGAUAGAUAACCACGUGUUCAGUGUAACCUGUUUAGUCAUUUUACAAGAAUUAAACUAUCAUUGUUGCCAGCAGCAAGGCUUCCUGUGAUGUCAUUAUUAAUCUCCAGAAACCCAUUACCUGAUUUAAAUCAACAAAUUUUGUAUGUAUUGUACUUUUUUCAUAAUUUUGGGUCGAGUGAAAUCCGAAACAUAUGUUGGUGAAAGGCAAGAACAAUAUAAACUUUACAAUUUUGGACUCUAUAAAUAUUCACAAAUGUAUUCUUCAGCAAUAUUUGGGUUUUUUUAAGAUCAUGGUGUGUUAUUUUAAACUUUAUUUUUAAUCAAAAGACCAAAUCAGCACAGCUUUCUUCCCUUUCAUUAUCUUUGAGCUGCACGAUCUUCCUGUUUCCUUUUCUAAGUUUUGAAAUUUUAGGAAUAUAGUUUUCCUUUAUUAGUUGGGCGAUAUUUGCAAUUGGAUUAUAGAAUUGGAUAUAAAAAUUAUUUGACAGGUAAAGCAUAUACAAUAUUAAUGUGGCGACUACUGGUAAAAAAAAAAAAUACUGACUAAAGACACAUUUUUUUCUGAGAGCAAUUCAUGUAAACAUCAUAAAUGUAAGAGAAGCCUGUGUUAUCCGCUUUAAGGAAUAGGAAAAGUUAUGGUGCACUUUUGGCACACUGUGUGCCGCUAGCGGCAUUAGCUGUACACUUCUGGCAAACAGCUCUGGCACACUGAUUUGUUUGCCGCAAACUUGCGGGAAAUUUGCAGCAAACUUUACAUUUUGGUAAGGGGUGCCACACAUUUUGACCUAUGUAUAGUGCUUCCGGCGGUAGAAAUGUCCAUUCUUUAAUAUUUAGAUUCCCAGUAUUUUUACUUUAGAUAUCUUUACCAAUUGAAAUGAUAACCAUGUCCUCGUGAAGCCCGUGGGAAUCCGGGUUAGAAUAGGUCCGCAGUACCCCCCCCCCCUCCCCCGGGAAUCCGGGUUAGAAUAGGUCCGCAGUACCCCCUUGCUUGUCGGAAGAGGCGAUUAAAUGGGGGUGGUCCUUCGGAUGAGACCGCAACACCCGUGGCCCCGUGUCACAGUAGGUGUGGCACGAUAAAGAUCCCUCCUUGCUUAAAGGCCGUAAUCGCCGAGCAUAGGCCUAAAAUUUGCAGUCCCCCACCGUCAGUGGUGACGUCUCCAUAUGCGUGGAAAAUUCUCGAGAUGGACUAACCAAUCUUUUUCUUUUUUUUUCAUGAAUGCAAACAACGUGUGUCUGAAUCUCGAUAAAUAUAGUGUGAUUAUUUUACCGCCUGGGAAUGUUCCAACAGGAAUGAAAGUAAAAUGUAAAUACAAAAGAUAAAUUUCAUUUUUGAAAAUCGUUGUGGUACGUAUGAGCAGCAAUGCUUCGCCCCUGCAUACUAUCUGCGAAGCGCACCAUGAGGUAUGCUGGUGUAAACCGUCGUAGUCCACGCCCGCAUGUAACUUAUUUCUUAAUGUUAUCACCGUCUACAGGGACACGGGACCUCCCUUUUAAGGUCGUAUAUAUCUUUCACGUCCAAGUGAAGGAACAGUCAAUACUAUUAUCUAAUUUUACUAUAUACAUGUAAAUUGAUAUUACAUUUUUGUUAAUUACCUAAUCUAAUAUAUAAAUUGAUAUCACAUAUUUUUUUUUUAAUGUUUUCCAACAAUAAUCAGCAGAGAAAGGUACACACAAUGAGCAGGGGUAAAACAGACCAUCACGUGACUUACUAUUACCCGAUCACGUAAUGAACUGUUUCCCGGUCACGUGAGAAACUAUUGUCCGAUUAAUAAAACAAUUAUUUCAUGCCUACUAGGAAAACAGUCUACAUUGUUAUAUACCUUAAAAAAUUUCUUAUAUAAAGCUAAUACGAUUUAGAAGUAACAUUUUUACUGUUAAACCAAUUCUCACACUCGUGGUUUAUAGACCGGUCAACAGUUUGAGCUGUUGACUGGGCAAUAGUCUGCUUUAUUUCUAUUAGCUAUGUAAGUCACGUGGUUCUCGGUGUGCUGCUAUGGUGAGGUUAACUGAUUUGACUGAUAAAGAUACAGAAUUUAGUAGAUGGAACGCAGCACAGAAACACGAAAAAUGUAAUUAUUGAUUUUUAAUUAGGAUAUUACGUAGGUUUUCCUUUAAACUAGUGGAAGUGUUGAUAAAUGUAUACAAUUCUUCUGUCAUGUUAAAAGUUCGAAGUCAACAAACCAUGUCAUAUGGCAUAUGCAUCUAGUAAAUCAUCCUAAAAAUUGAAAGUGUAUAAGAAAACAGUUAUAGACUGUGUCCUCGGACAACAGCUGUUUUGUUUGACCCUCGAACGGAUCUGUUGCCCGAAGUCAAUAACUGUAUACCAUUGCCCUUCAGUAGUGAAGAUAACGUACAGUGAUCAAUCUAAUAACUCCUAUAAGGAAUACAAAAUAUAGAGUUGAGCAAACACGGACCCCUGGAUAUACCAGAGGUGGGAUCAGGUGCCUAGGAAGAUUAAGCAUCCCCUGUCGACCUAUCACACCCGCCGUGAAUCUGAUAUCUUGAUCAGGUAAACGGAGUUAUUCGUAGUCAAAAUCCAUGCAGUGCGCCAAGAACGGCCUAGCAAUCGGCAUGAAACACGUCAGACGUUAUUUGAAAAUAACACAGUAACAUCACGUCCAUCAAAGACGCCGUUUCUUCACUGAGGAAGCCUUUGACAGAAAUACGCCUUGAUAUAAUUGUGCCUGGAAACGACACUAAGGAACCCACCACCCACGCUGUAUACAAAUGUUCUAUUCGCUGCCCAUGUGAAACUAUGUACAAUGGAGAAAUAGACCGAAUAUUUCCAAAUAGGCCUAUAUAUGAAGAAUGUAACGAUACAUUUUUUUAUUUCUUCGAUUCGUUUUUAUUUGUUGUUUUGUUGUAAUCCUUCUCGUCCUCCUUCUUUAUUUAUUUAUUUUAUUAUUAUUAUUAUUAUUAUUUGUAUAUCAUAUUUGUAUUUUAUAAAGAAAAAAAAUUGGGAUAUAUACAUGUACAAUUCAUGUACUACACUGCGGUAUAAUGUUAAAAACAUCACGUAUGUGCAUGUAUAUCUUUAUAAUUUAAAGUAUACUAGUAUCAAAUUGCAAGCAACGCCAGCCUGUCUUGUCCGUGAACGAUAUUGAAAUCUGAACAUCGACAAUUAGUAAACCGAUAAAACAGAACAUCCCUUACGCUGCGCGUGAUUCAUUCAUAAAACAGAGACGAUUCUUCUUUGAGGAACUUCCCCCCGUGUGAACUGAGGUGACCAGACGUGAUUGUAUCUGAUCAGGCACUUACCAAAUUCUAAAACCGUCCAUGGGAGUCCUCCUCCAACGGUGAUUGACUGAUAGAACAACCCGCUACACCACAUCUGACGAAAAUGUGAAUCCCGACACAUAAUACCUAUAGAGAGCAAUAGCCACGCAACCAUGAAAGCGAUAACAUUGAAAACUGUGUCAUUCGGUGUUGUUUAAUGACUCAAUCAUUUAUAUAAUCUAUAGUUUGUGUUUCUUAAAUUACAAUCUCAAUUCUGAUUCAAUAUCCUUCAGCAUUAGACCAUGAAGUGCUAAAUGAGGUAGAAGUGGGAUUACAAUAUAUUUAAAUAUAUUCAUCCCUUAAGGUCACAUUUAUAGCGCGUGUUUCCUUAAGGUGACAAUAUUUCCCUUACGAGUUUUUUUCUUUGAACAACCACCGGAAAUAUAUAACCUCCGUCUCUAAGUGUCGGGGCGGUCCUUAAUUGUAUAAAGUUUCUCGACCUUAAGUUCUCGUCACAAUAUAUAUAUUUGCACGACCGAAGUAAAACUCAAGUCUAUGGGAAAUGGUGUUUAUAUAAAUAGGCACAAUCAACAGUUUGUUUCUAAACGCGAGCGCGGCAAUCGAGAGACGGAGACAUAUAUAUAGGUAAGAAUAUAUUUAAAAUGCUAGAUUUUUAUUAAUGCACUGAUAUGACAUUUUAAGGAAGGAAUAACGAUAUGCAGUUCAUCUUGUACAAAAACCUCCUAAAUUCCGUUUUCAUUUCAAUGUGAAAUAGAACUCAAUUAGAAAAAUUGUAAACCUUUUAUCUAAUGAUAAUUUAGGACUGGGUUAGAAAUUUGGUCUUAUAGAUGUAAAUUCUUUUAGAAAAGGAGACCCGGAUAAAUUAAAACUAAAUUGCUUAUUGAUGUUACACUGGUGCUGUCACAUGAUAUUACACGCGCGUGGAUGUAACUUUGAUCUCUAAUAUCAAAGUCUGAAUGACAGUUGUAUGUAUUUUACAAUAUUUUUUUUAAUAAUCUAAAUAUAUCAUAAAAGAAGAUGAAAUUUACAUUAACGAAAGGGGAAACGGCGACAGCUAAAGUUAAAAAUCUAAAAUGAUACUAAUCAUGUCAAAGCGUAAUUUUUUUUUUAAACCAAGGUUCAUCGUUUUCUACAUCAUCUCGGAUAGCAAUAAAAGAUUUACCACGUCAAAAUAAUUCGAAUAGCUUAUUUCAAAUCACUUAUCGUGUAAAUAUCUUCAUGUGCAAUUUUAAAUGUUAACCCCGAAAGGCGACCUAAAAAUUGUAUUGAGAGCAUGCAUCAUCUCAAAAGAAAGAAAAAUUACCAUGUUCAAAAUUAUUUAAAGAAUUUAUUACAAAUUACUUAAUAUCGUGCAAAUUGAAAAAAUGCCGUAUCUUCAAGUGUAAUAUAAUGCACGUAAGCCCUGAAAGCAUGCUUCAGUGUUACACAAACUCUCUGCCAAGUAUCAAAUGUAUACUUUUGUAAGUUAUUAAGUUUCUCUCGUCGCCAUCUCGUUGAAACAAUUUGUCGAAAUGCUGUAAAGAUAUUUUGUCGACAAUCUCUCACUUUUCUUAAAACACAAUAUCCUAGCUCUUAGCCAGUUUUUCUUUACGAUCUUGUGAUUUGAUACACACAUAGAAAGGCUUAUUGAUUAUAUUUUUAUAUCGAUGUAACUUUUCGAAUUUCUAAUUUUAAAAACACAUUGAAAAGACAAGUAGACACAACAUUUAUUUUAUAAACCAUCAAAAUCAUUGCGUUCAUCAAACAGAUGGAAUAUUUUUCUCCGCUCAAUGAAAAUGCCAAAACUUUAGUACACAGAACAUUUUGUUUUCAAGGUCAUCGAAAUAUUGACACCACUGAGAAUUUAAGGACACUGUGUUAGUUAUUAGAGAAAUGACGAAAUAUCUAUGUAGAAUUUUCAGGAUAUGAAACAAACUUAUCUGCACCUGACAGAUAGGGAAAUAUUUGGGUUAUCCUGAUGGCAAUUUUUUGUCGAUAGAAAUUAUUUCUAAUCAGAUGGAACGUCCAAAAUGAAAUGUUUAUCAAGUAAUGUAAAAGUGAUAUUUGCCAUUCACAAUAUAUUUAAUUUUUGUUCUCCGAUAGAUAUACGUUAUUCAGAUAAAUUUCUGUUGUCAGAUUGUAAAAGGCAUAAUUCCAUACCAUUUUCAAUUUCUGAAUGAAAUGGGGGAGGGGCAGCAGGAACGAUGUUUACAUGAACACGGAGGAAGAAACGCAAUUAAUUUUCAAAUCUGAAGAAUAUAUCAAAAUAGUUUUGUUUGAAAUUGCGUUUUGUUUAUAUGUAUCAGACAUAUUGAAUUAAUUCGGCAAUGAAUCAAGUGGAAUUUACAACAGAACACGCAUGGAAUUAAUUUUGUGUUUUAAUUGUCAGUAAUCUACAUUCCAUGGACAGAAACGAGAUACUCCGUCUAAAUCGGCGUAAUCUUCCAAUAUAUUGUGUAAAUACAAGUCAUAUGUAUGCAUACACACAAUGAACACAGUUUCGAUACAGGCGUGUGCUUAGCAUUUCAUCUCCAAAAAUAUAUUCCACCUUCCCAAGCUGUCAAACACGUGGGAUGUACAAACGCGACAGAUUGAAUCCACCCCUCGUGCCAGGUUCGCCAGCAAGAUAGGGAUAUGUUCCCAUGUACAUCGCUAGUACGGCAAACAUGUGCCCGAGUGGACGACAAAUGUCCCAAUCAGGUUUUCACCUUUCUAGAAUAGAUUCUCCUUGACCACGAAAUGACCGUAUGUAAUUGAUGUGCAUAUUUAGAGGCUAUUUAUGCAUUCAAACACCAACCAUCCAGAAAAUUGCCCUAUCGAAUUUUUUUUUAUUUUCAAAUGGAGGGUGUGGGCGUUUUCUAAUCUUUUACAUGACCCACCCUUAUGAAAGUAUCAGCUGGGUAAACUAAGGAGACAAAACAGAAAUCCAAAACGUAUACAUUGAUUGUGAAUAGAUAUGUCUGCCAGAAUUUAGACUCGUGACGAUUUGUAAGUUUUCGUUGGCUCAUUAAAGACCAAAAACAUUUACUCUAAUACGUAUAAGGUUUUUUUGUUUUGUUUGCAUAUCUCUAAUAAGUGAUUUUCAAUGUGGAAUUAACCCGGAGAAUUACACUUAAUGACACGGAAAGACUUUUAAAUUUAUUUGUCAGCCAGAGAAUUAUAAAAGUAAGAGGAUUACACUAAUACACGUCACAACUGACGGGAACUUUAAACAUUUGUUUACGUUACAUAAAUACACAAUUCAUAUAUUUUUAGAAAUUUGUAGUAAAUGUUUUGAUCAGUCACUGAAAAUAGCUAUUUAGGUGUGCGUAGCCCUCAUCACUGUAGAGUAUACUAACAGUAGCUCUCUGGUUGAUAUUUAUUUUAAAAAAAAAAAUUCGUGAAAUGGGACAAUCUGAAAAGCCAUCAAACUAAGACUUCUUACUAAUCGGAAGUGUCGACACUCAGCAGACGACAGACACGAUGCAGACCGUCUCACGUGAUCAGAGUGUCGGUUGUGUCACGUGCUCCAAGAGUUUCCACAUCAGAGAGUUCGGACUGGACCACAAAAAUCCCAAGCGUUUCGUAACACUAGAAUUUGGGCGCCCUGUUCUGUAUCUCCCGUGGGCCAUUUUCUGGGCCAUUUACCACUGCAUCUGGAUUGUCCUAGAAGCCUACUGGUGGUCCCUCAAGACCCACCGCGCACCACUGGAGUGGCUCCUAAAGCUAACGAACAUUGGAUACGUUAUCCUGACAUCGGCUGCCAUUGCUGAAUGUUUCAUAGCUGUGUAUACUUACUGCUUUCUGACAGCAAAAGACAGAGAAUCUCAGACGGGCAUGUCUUGGUACUGUAAAUUGUCGUGGGUUUUACACAACAUCUCCCACCCUACAGCUCUGUUGAUCGCCUUAUCCUACUGGACGAUGUUGUCUAACUUUUACACAAUUAAAAUAUGGACCAUCAACAAACACGGAAUAAAUCUGCUGUACACCUUCCUGCUUCUCAUCUUUACCUCAAAACCAAUCAAAUUUCAACAUGUGUACUUUCCGAUGGUAUUUAGUUUCCUGUAUCUUCUGUUUACCUGGAUGUACUUCCUGGCCACCGAUGACGUCAUAUACUCAUUUCUGAAUUGGAAUAAGCCAGGGAAAUCCAUUAUGCUGACCAUUCUUUAUGUAUUUGUUUGUACGCCACUUGCACAUUUUUCCAUUUUUGGAACUUAUAAAUUAAAACAAUAUUUCAAACAGAAAUGUUCCUCGGAGAAGACUGUUGGUGAUACCCGGAUCAGUGAUACGGAAUCUAAGGAGGAGAUGUUGAGAAGUGAUACAAUGGAGAACUAGUAAUUAAACAAAGGAUAGUCUUAUGUCGGAAAGGUUGUGUUCGUACUGCAUGUAACAAUGAAUAAUUGUUGGUGACUGUAUGAAUAUUUGUAUGUUUAUCAUGACGUGGUGCAAUACUGUUAUUUUAAAUACUCCCUGCAAUAUCAUUGUGAAUAGCUAUAUCAUUAUAUGUAUACUGUAUUUAUGUCUAUGAGCAGUGAAUAUGAUGAUAUACGCUAUUGAAUAUGUGAUUGUACCUGGUGUUUUGAUGUUAUAAUUUAUUCUGAUAAUCCUGAUAUACAGAUGUACAUGUAUAUGCAAAUCAAAAAAAACAUAAUAAACUCGUUCAAUGUUACACGAAUGUAUAUUGAGAUAUGUUCCACUACUUGAUAAAAGUUAUCUACAUAUGUACCUGUA